AUGACAUCUGCGGCCCCGCGCUCUACCACGCGCCGGUUCUCACAAGUAUACGUCAACAUCCCGCCUUCGCCUUACAGACGCGACUCGCGGGGAGGUGUACCUAAGACGCCUAGUGACGAGAACAUGCCCGAGGAUGCCAACUCGAAUUUGAACGAUAAGCCUACGUCUAUCAAACGCAAACGUGAUAAUGGCGAUGGUGGUGGGCAGGAGCCGAAGAAGAAGAGGGCUAAGGUGGACGGCGAGAAGGGCGGGGAGGUUAAAGGCGGGAAAGAUACGAAGGAUGGCGAUGGGAACGAGCAAUACCCGAACGGGUACUUCCACUGCCAUCAAUGCGUGCAGAAACGCGAUACGUCAGAGGGCCUGCAAUGCACCUACCGCUCCGCAACGGGCGCCCAAGGCCGCCGCUGCAAACUCAAGUACUGCCGCACGUGCCUCAAGAACCGGUACGGGCUCGACAUCGACGCGUUGCGCGCGCGGCACCCGCGGACGCUGCAGGGGAAGGAGCUGGUUGAGUAUGUCACGGACGUCGAGCAUGUUUUCAAAUGCCCGCGGUGCACGAAGAUAUGCAAUUGUCGGACGUGUCGCAAGGCGGCGGGGUUGCCGCCGACGGGAAACCUCACAGUAACGAUGAAACGCACAGGCGCGGACAGCGUCGCGGCGAUGUUGGCGAACAAUAAGAACUUGACCGAAGCGCAAGCUAAAGAACUCGCCCCUCCGCCCCCUCCCAAACCCAAGCCCACCAAAUCCACCACCGCCAACGCAAAGGCCUCCUCCAGCAACCCCGCGCCCGCACCCGAAGCCAAGCCCAAACGCGCCUACACCCGCAAACCCAAACCCGCCCCGCAGCCCCUCUGGUCCCCGCUCCCCCUCCCAUCCUCCUUCACGCUCCCACACGCCCUCUCGCGCGCACACAUCCACGACUUCGUGCUGCGGUUCUGCGAGUUCUUCCCGGAUGUUAAUAAGGGGAUGAUGGACGAGCUCGGGGAGGUCGGCGGGCGCGGGGGCAAGCCAGACGAGGAGGAGGGGGGUGGGGAGGGAGAGGAGGUGGAUGUGGGCGUGAGGGUGGGGUGGGUCAGCGAGGGGUGUUUGAGGGGUGUGUUGUUGGGGCUGUUGGCGCUGGCUGUGGACGCGGAGGGCGUGGAGGACGAUAAGGAUACGAUGCGCGCGUUCAAAGCCGCCUCGCUCGGCAUCCGCAACGCCGGCUCCUCCCUGCACAAACAAUACGCCGCUCUCCUCGAAGUCUCGGACGUCCUCGCGCUCCCCGACCCGCUCGCCCCGCCGGCGCUGAGGAGCAGAAUGACGAGGAGCGAGAUGAAGAUCGUCGGCCAGGGCGAGGUCAAUGUCGUGUGUACGGCGCAGAUGGUGCGCGUCGUGGAGCGGAUGAUCGAAGUGUGCAUGCGGAGCAAGGGCGUGAAAGGCGUUAUGGACGAGUGUGCGAAUAGAAUGGCGGAGGCGGGGAGGGAGGAGCGGGAGCGGAGGCGGGAGGAGAAGGAGCGGUGGGAGGGCGUGAAGAAGGACUGUUUGAAGAGUAACAAGAAUCCCACGAAAGAAGACCGCGACAUCCACAACGCGCACCUCGCGUCCCUCACGCACUCCCUCUCCAUCGCCCACCAGUCGCUCUCCCCGCGCUUCGCGCCCCUCGGCACGGACCACGCCGGACGCACGUACGUCGUUCUCGCGCCAUCCGCGGCAGAGCGCGACGCGGCGCUUGAGGUGUUGGGCGGCACGAAGAGCGCUAACUCGAAGCGACGGGGGAGGGGCGGGGUGAGGGAGGAGGAGAGGAGGGCGAUGAAGAGGUGGGGGUGGUUUGUGGGCGUGUAUGGCGGGUUGCCUGAGGGCGCGCGAGUCGCGCGUGAGGACGACGACGAGGGGGAGGGGGAUGGAG